CUUUGAUUCAUACCUGGUGGUGGCUCUUCUUCAAAAACAACCCGACGUUUCCUAUUUCCUCCCAAAAACGCAGAAAUAAAUCUCUCUCUCUCUCUCUCUCUCUCUCUGAAACCCUAAUUUGUUAUCUUUUUCUCAGAAACCCAACUCCCUCGGAUUCAUAUUUUAUAUGUUUUUUUAUAUAAAAAAGUUCGAGCCUUUUCAGUUUAACCCCACACGUAUAUAAACAAAGGUUUUGUCUGGGUUUGGAUUUGCAGUUCUUCGAAUACAAAUCUGAGCCAGUGAUUGGGGGUAAAUUUCUAGGGUUUUGAAUUGAUCCGAGGCGGUGCAUGGCGAACGGUACGGAUUUUGAGGAGUUUGUGGUGAUGUCUAAGGUCCGGACGGGCCUGAAACGUGAGUUCGCGUUUGCGUUGAAGGCCCAAGCUGAAGUGUCUGGUUCUUUGGGACGGACUCGGGGCAGUAAUUCUCAGAAUGAGAAUGGUAAGAGGUUGAAGAAAGCGACCACGAACGAGGUGCAGAAGGAUGUUGGGGACGAGAAAUUGACGAGUGGUGACGAUAUAUUGGCGGGUGGGGAGAUGGUUGAGGGCGACAAUGUGAAGGUUAUGGAGGAUUUGGAUGAGACCAUGAGCGAAGAGGACGCCAAAAGCGAUGUGGUGGACCUCAUAAGCGACGACGAGCCUAAAACCCACGUGGAUGACUCUGUGCUGAGCGAGAGGGUCUACGAAGACGAGUUGAAGAACGGUGAGGUUGAGAUGGCAGUCGACGAUGAGCCCCAGACGGGUUGCAUUGGUGAUUCGGUGAAUGAAGAUGAGCCUCAGGAGGAGCAAUUGAAGAAGAGUGGACCAGAAAAGCCUUUGGUCGAUGAAGAAUUGCCGGAGAUGAUUGAGAGUGGCGGGGAUAAGGUGGAAGGAGAGGUGAUUGAAAAGCCGGAGAGGCGGUUUACUCGGUCAGCAUUGAAGCCGAAAGCGGAGAAAGUGAAUAAUUUACCCGGGAAAAGUGAUUCCCAACAGUUAAAUUCGGAGAUGCAGAAAAGCCCAUUUGUUAGUAAAUCAAAACUUGAGAUGAAAAUGCCGAAGAUGGUGAGGAAGUUUGUUAAAUUAAAAGAUUUUCUUGAUACCGGUAUCCUCGAGGGGCAGCCCGUCAAGUACCUUAGAAAGGUAAGAGGAGCUGGAGAUACGUGGCUUAUGGGAGUGAUUACGGGCUCUUCCAUAUUGUGUCACUGUGAUUCUUGCCAAGGAACUGAAGUUGUUACACCUGCGGUGUUUGAGCUGCAUGCGGGUAGUUCAAAUAAACGUCCUCCGGACUAUAUAUAUCUUGAAAAUGGCAAUACCCUUCGGGAUGUCAUGACCGUAUGCCAAAAUUCUCCAUUGGGAAUUUUGGAAGAAGCUGUUAGACUUGCUGUUGGUUGCUCAUCGAUGAACAAAUGUACCAUCUGUCUCAAUUGCAAAGAAUCUAUUCACGAAGAGGGUACUAGGUCAGCAGUGCUACUUUGUAGUUCAUGCAUGGAGUUAAAAAAGUCUGGUGAAGCUACGCCUGCUGUAGGUGCUAACCAUAGUGAUGAAUCACCAAAGCCGGUUACGGUUCCAAAGGGGCCUGAUACCAUGUCAAAUUGUAGCUCACUGAAGCCGGUUCCAGCUCCAAAGUUUCCUGAUACUGUGUCAAAGUAUAGCUCACCAAAGCCGGUUACAGUACCAAAGCGUCCUGAUACCACAUUGAAGUGUAGCUCCUCAGAAAGUAAGAGUCAGGGACGAGUAACAAGAAAGGAUCUUCGGUUGCACAAGUUGGUUUUUGAGGAAGAUGUUUUGCCAGAUGGAACAGAAGUAGCCUAUUAUUCUCAUGGGGAGAAAAUGUUGGUCGGUUAUAAAAAGGGGCCUGGCAUUAGUUGUAGCUGCUGCAAUGAUGUGGUCAGUGCAUCGCAGUUUGAAGCUCAUGCUGGUUUUGCAUCACGUCGCAAGCCUUACCUAUUCAUUUACACAUCUAAUGGGGUAUCUCUCCAUGAAUUGGCAUUAUCUCUGUCAAGAAAUAGGAAGUCAUCUGCAAAGAAGAAUGAUGACCUAUGCUCCAUGUGUCGAGAUGGAGGAGAUCUCUUGUGCUGUGAUAAUUGUCCAAGGGCUUUUCACAAAGAGUGCCUUUCUCUACCAAGUGUCCCUGAAGGUACUUGGUACUGUAAACAGUGCCAGUCUAUGUUUGAGAGAGAGAAAUUUGUGGAGCAUAAUGCCAAUGCUGUUGCAGCUGGAAGAGUUGCAGGAGUUGAUCCUAUAGAACAAAUAACCAACCGAUGCAUUCGUAUUGUCACAACUUUCGAAGAGAAAUUUGGUGGUUGCGCACUGUGCAGAGGACAUGAAUUCAGCGACUCUGAUUUUGGUCCUGGCACAGUUAUUUUGUGUGAUCAGUGUGAAAAGGAGUUUCAUGUAGGCUGUUUGAAGGAUAACGGGAUUGAAGAUUUGAAGGAAAUACCGAAAGGAAAGUGGUUCUGUUGCCCUGAUUGCCACAGGGUUCAUUCAGCUUUGCAGAAGUUGGUAGUUCAUGGGGGACAGAAGCUUCCGGACUCCUUACUGAAUGUUGUAAGGAAGAAGCACAAUGAGAAAGGUACAGAGUUUGGGGCUAAUCUUGAUAUAAAAUGGAGGGUGCUUAAUGGGAAAACGUCCACUGAUGAUGAAAGUUUACAGUUGCUUUCAAAGGCUCUUGCGAUAUUCCAUGAUCGUUUUGCCCCAAUAGUUGAUCCUACUUCACGCCUUGACUUCAUCAAAGAAAUGCUUUAUGGGGGGACCAUCCAGACCCAAGAAUUUGGUGGGAUGUACUGUGCAAUAAUUACAGUAAACCAAUUGGUUGUGUCAGCCGGAAUGUUUCGUAUCUAUGGAGCAGAAGUGGCAGAGCUUCCUUUAGUGGCAACAAGUGCUGAUUACCAAGGACAGGGUUACUUCCAGACUUUAUUUUCAUGUAUUGAGAGGUUUCUUGCGUUCUUAAAUGUGAAAAGUCUUGUUGUGCCAGCUGCUGAUGAGGCAGAAUCAAUAUGGAAAAAGAGAUUUGGUUUGGAGAAGUUGACCCAAAAUGAGAUAAGCAAUUACAGGAGAAGUUACCAAAUGAUGAUCUUCCAUGGGACAUCCAUGCUGCGGAAGCCCGUCCCUAAGUGCAGAAUUCUUGCUUGAAAAGAGAGUAAUUGAGUGUUGGAUCAUCGAAGUCUUCUAUUUUGGAAUGGAGAGAAGCCAACUAAUUUGUGGAUCAUUUUCCUUCAAAAUGUACAUGACUCCCCUUGGCUCUUGGUGUACAGAAAAGCAGAAAAUAUACAACAACCAACCCUACAGGCAGUUUUUGUUUUUUUGGUAGCGUAUAGAAACUGAGAGAUUUCAGUUGGGCAACAGAAAAGUGAGAGUAGGUUAAUGAAAGAGUAGGUUAAUGAAGAGACUUACAGAAAUUUUGGUAACUCCUGUCUUCUGGAACUGUGCCUUUUAUGACACUCUUAUUUCUACUUCUGGCCAUGGGAUUCCAUUUUUGUAGCUUAUGCCUUUCGCCCAGUUCCAUUGUGAUUUUCUUUGUAGUUCCAAACUUGAAUUGAGCUCCUUGGCUCUAAACUUGUAAAGAAGGUCCGAUGAGAUUCAAGUGUUGAGUAGUUUUGUUUA